ACAUCCGCUGCCAACAACACCAGAGGAGCACUACCACCACUCAGCUCCGACUCCUCUCCGCCUGUCUGCCACCGCCGUUCUCAUGUCUCUUCCUCCUCACCACACCACCCUCGACGCUCGCUACUUCUCCACACCCUCUAUGGACCGACAAUGGCUGCGGCAACGACGGAUCCGCGCCCUACCGGCCUGACAUCAUCACCACAACAAACAGAACCUUCCAUAGCGCAGGCGCGAUGGCCGUCCUUGCCCACAAACCUCAUCAGCUUGCUCAACCCCUUUGGUCAGGCGAGCACCAACAGCAAUGCCAACGGCGACGAAAGUGAUCCCGCAAAAACGGCGGCCCAGCAGUCACAGCGCAAUGAGUCCGAGCUCUCCACCCUGAAACGGCCAGUCCUAUCCACUAUGCAAUAUAAUGGCAUGACUGGCUCUACGCCCCCUUCGCCUACCAGGAGCAGCACCUCCGUCAUGUUCGCCGAGCCAGACACGAGGAGCACAAGCGAUGAUGGGUCACGAGAUGGUAGCGUGAGCGACUUCAAGCGGGCACGCAAGAGCACGAGGCCCAAGACGCGCUACAGCAUAUGCCAUCCAGUGCCGGAGUCGAAGGUCAAACAGAAGCUACACCGACAGCCGCGAUCGCUCCUACAGUUGCACAGGUUGCAACCCAAUGCGCGGCCUCUACCAGCAUUGGAAGUGAUACCCUCAGCGAACUUCAGUGUCCGCUUGACCCGCGCCAUCACCAAAGUGUUUCAGGCAAAGCACGGAUUCUGCGUCAAUGACCUUGUCGUCCUCAAGGCAGAAAAAUAUGGGACGCAGGACGAAGAAGCUGAGGCUCGAGAUGUCAUUGGCUUGAUCUGCAAAGGGAGUCGGGAGGAACAAAAGACGGGAAGCGGCAAAAUGCUCAUUCACAUGGCAUCUGGUCAACAGUGGGAGGCCUAUACCACUUCCAAUGGCGCCUACGAGUGCUGUAUGACCGACGAGCAUGGUCUCAAGGAGGUCGUACGAUGGGUCCCGAAGAAAAACAAGGAUGGCAAGGGGGUCACGUCCAAUGGCACGCGCAAGUUCAACUUCAGCACUAUUUCACCUCACAGCCGCCGCCAUCCCGUUAUUGCAUCAUUGCAAAAGACUGGCCUCGAGAUCAACGACUCUUAUAAGAUCCCUGAGCCCACGAUCAGAACACCACUCAGCACUCCCCAGUUGAGUGCAACGGUCCUUGAGGACGCAUUCGAUGAAGACGCGGGUGAUCGGGGUCAAUCUGUCGUCACUGAUGAUGCUACUCGACAAAUCGUAACUCUGACUGCUAUCUGGGUUGCGAUGCGUGAGGGCUGGUCGCCGAACUUCAGAUAUGAUGACAAGCGCGACUCACUACCAACGGACCCUCCUAAUUCUCCGGGCAGAUUCGUCGCUAGUUCUGUGCUCAGCCCUCCCGGAUCUCCAGCACCUUUUGCUCCGCUCGAGAAGCGCGCGAGCAUCAGAAGUUUCGGUUCCGGAAUCGUCCAUCGAGCAAGUCACUUGGGUCGAAGUAAUCGCAAUAGCGUAUCUUCGGUUCGAGGCGAUUCUGAUGUUGAAUCUCCCGCUCCCAGUAGAAGCGCGAGCAUCAGCCUGGCACCCACUGGACGGACCAGAGCAGAUUCUUCCUCGACUGUUCUUGUACAUCGUGCAGCCAGCAACCGACGGAAGAGAACAGAGGCCUUGCGCGAAGACUCUCUCGAAGACCUCACAGCAUCGGGUUCAACAGCUGCGCAAACGCCAAGGAAGACUCAGUCAUCACCUCUCGCCAGGAAGUCGGUUGGCGAUGGACAGUCAUCAGAAAGCGACAUGCCCAAGCGUCACAACGAUGCUUCACCUCCUCCGACAACAGGAGGGUCGCGAUCAGGUACUUCUGAAGAUAAAGCGGGUAACCGCACAUCCACCACUACCGAAGGGACUACGAGCACGAGACGGGCCAACCAUCCUCCUGUACUAGAGAUGCGAGCGCAGCCGAAACGGAGAGGUUGGAGGCGGUUGCUACUUUGUGGGUCAAGUAAAGCGUAGCAAGGGCGAUUCUUACCAGGCCAGCAUUUGGGCAGCGCACUGGACGCCUCUCUACGCUCAUUGUACAUAACACCUGAUGGAAACGGCCUAUCAACAAAAGUGAAGGAAGGGGAAGACAGAUUAACUAUAAUUAUCUUGUACAUAGCUGGACUAUCAAGCUGUCACCACCACCGGCACGAUUAACUUUUGUUUUCUUGCCA